AUGAUGAAUGAUAGAGGAAUAGAUGUGUUAUGUGUAAACGAGACGAAACGAAAGGGAAGAGAUGUCACUGCACAUGGCAUGUAUACCGCUUACUGGUCUGGAGUAGACGAGACCGAGCGGGCAUGCCAGGGAGUCGGUGUCAUCCUUUCAGAAAGAAUGGGUCAAUGUGUGAAAGAGUAUGAAUGUGUUAGCCCAAGGCUGCUGUGGAUACGAAUGAAAGUGGGCUUAAAGAAGUUGUUUGUCAUACAGGUUUACGCACCAACCUCGACACAUAACAAUGAGGAGGUGGAGAAAAUGCAUGAAGAUAUAUCUGGAGUCAUACAUUCCUCCAAAACCCACUAUACGGCGUGA